AUGGGUAAACACAAGAAGAACAAGCACCAUGGCCACGGCAGCAGCAGCAGCAGCUCAUCCUCAUCAUCUUCCGACAGCUCGGACAAUGAGUACAAACAUCUCCCGAAACAUGAGAGGAAAAUGCGGAAGAAGAUGAGAAAGCAGAUGAAAAAGGGAAUUCUGCCCAAAGGAACGAUUCUUCCAGGCGCUCCCGGCUAUCAUGGUGGGGCUCCCGGCCAUCAUGGUGGGGCUCACGGCCAUCAUCCCCAAUCAGGUUACCCCGCACAACCAGGUUACCCCGCACAACCAGGUUACCCAGCACAACCAGGUUACCCUGCACAACCGGGAUACGGCGCCCCAGGGAUGGCUCCGGGAAUGGUUCCCCCUCCUGGACAGGCUAAUUACAGUGGUGGUGGGUUUGCAGCACCAGGAGCAGGCUAUCCAGCCGCCCCUAACCCAGGGUAUCCCGGGGGAUACCCACAAGGAACAGUUCCACCACCCGCUGGAUACAGCCAACCUAGUGGUUACCCUGCACAACCAGCUGGUUACCCGGCGCAACCCGGCUACCCGGCGCAACCAGGUGCACCUGGGGGAUAUCCAAGUGGUGGUACCAGUUACCCUGCUCAGCCAGCUGCUGCAGGUUACCCUGGCCAGCAACCAGCAGCUUUCCAAGGUGCAGGUGGUGCAGGGUAUGCUCCCCAGCAGCCGGGCUAUCAAGGAGGGGCUCCCUCCUACCCCCAACAGGGACCAGGGGGCAUGCCCCCACAGCACCAGCCCCCUCAACAGCCUGCUUACUCAGGAGCGGGUGUUCCUGGGGCAACAACUGGAAUGGGGGCCAUGAACAUAAGUGGAGGUGCCGGGGGUCAAGGGGAGGUAGCUCGCCCAACUGUUAGACCUGCCAAACCAUUCUCUCCGGAGCAGGAUGCAGAAAUUCUACGAAAGGCCAUGAAGGGAUUCGGAACUGAUGAAAAAGCCAUCAUUAGUGUGAUCAGUGCACGGACCAAUCAGCAGCGUCAGCAGAUUCUAACCAUGUUCAAAACCAUGUAUGGCAAGGAUUUGAUUGCUGAUCUGAAAUCUGAGCUGAGUGGAGAUCUGGAGGAACUGAUUAUGGGCAUGUUCAAACCGACCACCUACUUUGAUGCGUGGUCUCUUCAUAAAGCAAUGACAUGUGUCGGCACGAAAGAAGCAGUUCUCAUUGAAAUUCUCUGCACAAGAUCCAAUGCAGAAAUUAAAGAGAUUGUGGAAUGUUACAAGAAACAUUUUAGCAGAUCUCUGGAACAGGAUAUAUCAUCAGAGACGAGUGGACAUUUUAAGCGGCUUUUGAUAUCUUGUUGCCAGGGAAACAGGAAUGAGUUGACUCCCGAUCAACAACAGCGUCUGGCCUACCAGGGACUGGAAGGCGUGGUAGACAGGGCGCUCGCCCAACAAGACGCCCAGAAACUGUACCAAGCUGGUGAGAAAAUGAUUGGCACUGACGAAUCUGCAUUCCUCACCGUCAUGGCUGUCAGAAACCACUACCAACUCCGGGCCACCUUCCAGGAGUACCAGAAGAUUUCCGGAAAGGACAUCCUGAAGUCAGUGAAAAGCGAGUUCUCCGGAGAUGUUGAAGAUGGCUUCAAAGCUCUAAUCUCGUCUGCAAUGAAUCGACCGAAGUACUUUGCUGACCUCUUGCACAAGUCUAUGGCUGGACUUGGAACGAAGGACUCGACUCUAAUCAGGAUCAUUGUGUCAAGAUCUGAGAUUGAUCUGCAGGAUAUUAAGGAGGAAUACCUGGUCCACCAUCAUAAAACUCUCCGUACAGCCGUCGCUGGAGACACUAGGGGAGACUACGAGAAACUACUCCUCGCCCUUAUUGGCAAUUAAUUCGCUAAUUAAUGUAAAUGUAGGUUAUAAUUAGAUAAAUUCUGAAAUUCGAUCAAUACAACUGAUAUCGAUUUUGUCAAUGUAGAAAUAAAUUCCGAUUUAAAUUACAUGUUAGUUAGAUAUUACAAGUGUCAUUUAGUAGUUAGAGAUUUAGUGUUGUCCAAAAGAUUGCAAAAAAUAAAUUUGAGAAAAUUUGUAUUUUAAGAGUUAACAUGUAAAAAUUACCUUUCACUUUAGAAGAUCUUCAAAUGGAUAAACUUAACGUACAUAUCUACAAAUUAGGAGGGAAAUUUGAAACUUCUUUUGGGUUUUGACUUGAUAUCAUGUUACCCGUAUAUUUCUUAAGGAAUGUUGUACUGUAUAGACUUAUAUUUAAACAUUUAUAGAUACUAGUAUGACGAAAUGCUCUUGUUAAACUUGAUUUUUUGGCAAUGCUGUCAUGUUGCAUCUUUUCUUGUGCUGUGAAUGAAGGCUUUACAGCGCUGUCUUCUCUGAACGAAAACUAGUUCUAUUAUAAAAAGGUUUCACUUUACAAGUUUUUUUCAUUAUGUACCUAAAUUUUGACUUGGAAUGUUGUUAAUAUGUGAUAAAUAUAAUUUAUGCUGUAUUCAGAAAAUUGUUAAAAGUUAAUGAUAUUUAAAUGUUAAAUAUUGUCAUUUUGAUCGUAAAUUUUUCUUACUUUUUAAUGUUGUUGUUUUUAGAGAAGUUUACAGUUGCUGGUAUCUAUUGUUGGAUGGUUUAAUUUAAUGGUGUUGACCAAUAUUUACAUAAAGGUUGUAAAUAUAUACAACAUUAUCAUAUGGUUAGUCUACCUUGCUCAGUGUUAUUGAACUUUGCACAUCUUCAAUGAACAAUAAAUGCCAAAACUAAACUUGAUGCCUCAUAUUUUGCUUGGGCUGUGAAUUAACAUUUAAAUCUGAUUAAAAUUGAAACCAUGGGUCCAUUAAAAUUGACUACGCAUAAUAAUGAAUGUUGUGGAAAUGAGAAUAUUAUCUUAAAAGUUUCGAGAUUAUUUGAAAGUUUUAGGUGAGAGACUUUUUAAGUCAAUGUGGUUUUUCUUCUUCUUUUUUUUCUUUUUUUUUCUUGACACUGUCACUUAAAGUUGUGUGAAACACCUUCACAAUUAAAUUGUUAUGAAUUUUAUACUUGAUAAUUAACAUAAAAAAUUGCCUAAUCUGACCCCUGAUUAUUCUGACAUUCUGUCCAGUCUGCCCCCUUAGUUUUCUGACAUUUUGUCUAAUCCAACAUCCACUUGUUCUGACAUCAAGUCAUAUCCUGCAAACAACUGGAAUCCCAUUUCUUACAUAAUUACAAGAUAAAACCUCUGUAUUCUGACACUUUGUCUAUUGCAGUCAAUGUGUUGGAUCUCACAAAGUGUCAGAUUGGACAGGUUUCACUCUACUUUAUAUUGAUGGUUGUGUAUUGUUAUUGGAUCAAGUUACAUUUAUUUUUACCAAAGGUCAACGGCAACCACUUAAUGCAUGGUGUAUGCUCUACAACUCUUGCCGUCCGAGGCAGAUAUGGGGGAUGUUUCUACAGCCCCAAAGACCUCUGGUUUUUGAAAAUUAUUUACUUGUAUUUGUUAAUUUCCAGAGUUGUGCUUCAGACAGCAUCACAAUAUUGAUCGAAAAAUGUGCAAAAUUCAAUCACAAAUGAACAAAGCAAGAUAUAUAUUUCAUCUUUAAGCACAAUUGAUUGAAAGAUAUGGUAAUUUGUACCUUUCUUUAAUCAAUCAGAAAUUGUCCAUGCUGACAUUAAGGAAAGGAUGACAAACCAUUUUGUGUAGAUUUCCCCGAUAACAAUUUUUAUUUGUGGAUGUGCCAAUCACCUGGUUGGGUGUGUAUGUCAAUAUUUUACAAGAGAAAAUAAAAUUUGACUGAAAGUGCUUGUUAGUUCCUAUGUUGAUGGGAAAACAGUUUCAGUCUACCAUUCUUUUUAUUUUUUUGUAAACACAUGUUUUUACUCAUGUAUUAGAUCAACUCAUUCACCCCUGAGUUUUCAUCAUGAACUAUUCCAACCUUUGAAUUGGAAGAGUUCAAAUGUGUCAUCAGGGGUUAAUGAGUUCUAAUUCACUAACAAUCAUUUAUGAAGUAACAGCGUGGAUCCAGGGGAUAUAUAGGGGUUCAAGGCUUCUGAUAUCCCCUACCCCCAAGUCUGUCAAUUUCCUUUGAAAGACUUUUUCUCUUUAGCCCUGUUCCAUUUAAUUGCUUUCCUAUCAAGUUUAAAAUUACAAUUAAAAUGGCUCUAUUUUUUUGUUUAUAAUCCCUUGGAGCCUGUCGCUAUAGAAAUGUAUACAAUCUUUUUAAGGAUAUUUUGAGGUGCUGGAACCAUGUAAUCAACAUAACGCUUUACUGCUUGUCAGUUAAGGAUUGAAUCCUGUUGUGAGUCUUAAGAUAAAUUUUAUGAACUGCGUCAACUGGAAAGUUCAUUGUAUUAUAACCUAUAAAAUUUUAAGUAGUUAUGUUGAGUCGAAGUUCAGUAGAAAUGAAAAUGUUUUAGAUAAACCCAGAUUAUUGAAUAAAGGUAAAAAGAAGUAAUGGGCUAAUGAUCAAUUAUAAUCGAAAAUUAAUCGUUUUUUCCUUUUCGAUUCUGAUUAUUACGUACAAAUUCCAUAAUUGACAAAUUGGUUCAUUAUUGAAAUCAAUGAGUCGAAUGUUCACAACAUAAAGUAUGUAUUGAAAGUGAGACGUUUUUUCCCAAAAAAUACUAUAUGAUUUAAAAAACAGCAUUGAGUUGCUCAAAUUCUGUUUAUUUAAGGAAUAACUUGAAUAUAUUUUUAAUGUUAUGGAGCUAUAACACAGAAAAAGGGAGUGUACUCUAAAUAAACCGCGAAGGGGUUUGUGAUGAGAGUACACCCCGUUUUUUUGUGUUAUAGUUCUUGUGUUACUAUAAUAACAUUCCUUUAUAUCAAGUAGUAAUUCAAUUUUGACAUAUCAUACAACAUAAAUUCUUAACGAGAUUCCUGCCAUACAAAAUAUUGUAGUCAUUUAGCUGUAAUGUAACUUAUAGUUUUUAAUGAAUUUGCUCUUAAAUUGUAAAUCUAUCCUGCCAUUUUCUUGUAUGCUUUCUGUUAAAUGUCAAGUUUGAUGAUCAUUUUUCAAUGUUAUAUAAUCUUCUGCUGUUGACAAUUCCCUUGGUAUUAAACUUUCACAC